GUUUGUUUUACAUUCGUUCGCUUUCGUAUUAUAUCAGCCAGUUUUUCUCUGUGUUGGGUGUAGUUUUGUUUUUGUGGUGCUCGUGCCGUUCCUUCUGUUAGCCAAGGCUUGCUGCGAUGAGCGAGCCUUGGGACUGGACCUUUUCCUGAUACCCUUGACGGGGUGUGACAUCAGUACGGAAGGCUGACGCCGGCACAGUAAUCAGUUCACUUGCGUCCGUGCAACGGUCCAGUAGUUGCUGUACGAAGUUGGUGAGCAUUUUGAUGUUCCUGGAGUGAAGCUGAGUGAUUGUUUACUAUACCAGGCGUAAUUGUGGAUAAAACCAGGGUAGAUACUUUGGGUAGAGAUCAGUUAAAUUGAAGACCUGUCAGUGGAUGAGUUCUGAGUGCAUACUGCUGUUGUGUCUAUAGUGAUAACUUCAAGACUUCAGAGGUUAACUGCUAAUCGCAGAGAAAAGUGAUUGAAUCGCUUUCGCUUCUUAUUUGCCAUUUGAAGGAAUUCUGAAGAGGACAUCGAGAUGCUGUCGAGAGUAAUUAGUUUUGAUGAGGUUGUUAAAACAUCAAUCGAAACAUUCCGCAACACGUUCGGAGCCGAGCCGGACCUGGCCACCUGUGCCCCGGGCCGGGUCAACCUGAUCGGCGAGCACAUCGACUACAACGACGGGUUCGUCCUACCGAUGGCGCUCCAGCUGGGCACGGUGAUUGUUGGACGGCGUAACGGAACCGCCACGACCUGCGACGUCGUUACCUGCUCCGACAGCAUCAAGGAGGGCACGAAGCGCGCCCAAUUCGACAGCAGCACCAUCGCGAAAGGAUCGCCCAAAUGGCUUAACUACGUCAAGGGUGUGAUGUUUCAUUUCCGCCAACCGGUGCCAGGCUUCAAUGCGGUUAUUCACACGAACGUUCCCGUGGGCAGCGGUCUUUCCAGCUCGGCUGCCCUCGAGGUGGCCACGCUAACGUUCCUGGAGGAGCUCACCCUGAAGAAGGUCCCAAGUGCGGCCGAAGGAGCCAAGAUGUGUCAGAGGGCGGAGCAUACGUUUGCCAACGUGCCGUGCGGCAUUAUGGACCAGCUGAUUGCGAUCGAGGGACGUGCCGAUCAUGCACUGUUGAUCGAUUGUCGCAACCUCGAAACGGAACCGAUUCCGUUCGAUGCACCUCACCUGGCCAUCCUGAUCUGCAACUCUAACGUAAAGCAUGAACUGUCCUCGAGCGAAUACCCGGUAAGACGGAAGCAGUGCCAGGAGGCGCUAGAGCUGAUGGAACUGGAAAGCUACCGGGAUGCAACGCUCGACCAUUUAAAGGCACUGGAAGGGGCGAACGAGCUGUUGUUGCGCCGAGCCCGGCACGUCAUUACGGAGAUUGAACGCACGAAGCAGGCUGCUGAAGCACUGAAGGCGAAGAACUUCAUUAAGAUGGGCCAACUGAUGACGGAAUCGCACAAAUCGCUCAGCGAAGACUUCGACGUGUCCUGCUACGAGCUGGACCAGCUGGUCGAGGCCACGAUCGCGGCCCGCGGUGUGCUCGGAUCGCGCAUGACCGGCGGAGGAUUCGGCGGCUGUACCGUGACGCUGGUGGAACGUGCCGCGCUGGCCGACGUGGUCAAGGAGAUGGACACGAUCUAUUCGCGCAAAACGGGUGGCAAAUAUCGGGCCCAGUUUUAUCUGGCCCAACCGGGCAACGGGGCCCGAACGUUCGAGCUAGCCGAAUCGAUGCGGUAGAUCGUUAAAGGGGAUUUUCCACCGACAUUGGGGUUUUCUGUGCUAAUAAAAAGCUAAAAUUUUACUA